UCCCCCGGCGCCCCAGCUUUCCUUUCAACCAAAUCAUUUCGAUUUCGUGCCGCAUUAUAUAACCGGACAAACUACUUACGAACGCACAGCGCUACUAAUAUCCAUCGCCGCACCUCACGUAUAUAAGCACCGAGGAAGAAAGCAGCCAACACACCAGCAGAUUAGCGAAGAGAAAAGAGAGAGGGAUCCAAAAAGCUCGACACGAACCAUUCUGCCGCGGCCUUUUUUGCUCUUUUGGCUUUCGCAUCUCUACUCCACCGUGCAAGGAAUCAGCGGCAGCGGCGGCGCCGGGAUGGACGGCGCGCAGGCGAGGAACGGCCCGAGCGUCGACGGCGGCGCGGGCCCCAGCACCUCCUACUCCACCGCCGACAACGACGACAAUGGCGGCGCGGGCGGCGCCAAGGUCUGGGUCCUCGUGCUCCUCUUCUCCCUGCUCGUGCUCCUCUUCCUCCCGUCCGCGGUGCGGCGAGGCGGGACGUCGGGCGGCGGCGGGUUCCAGCGCGGAGGGAUCACGCUCAAGAGCGGCUGGGACGUCGUCAACCUCUGCCUCGUCCUCUUCGCCAUCCUCUGCGGCCUUCUCGGCCGCGGCGGCGGCGAUGGCGAUGGCGACGGGGAGUCCGCCAGCGCUGCGGCGGCGGCGGCGGCGAAGAGCCGUCGCGAGGUGUCCCCGGCGAUGGCGGAGCCGGAGCCGAUCGCGGAGGCGUCCACCGAGGACGUGUGGGAGAGGCUCAACAGCUCCUACGACUCCAACCAGAGCGCGCACACCACGGCGGGGAUCCGGCGGAUGAAGAGCAGCAGCUCGUACCCGGAGCUGCGGCUCGGCAGCGACGGCGUGUGGGGCCUCGAGUCGCCGGAGCUGGCCUGGCGCCCCUACGACGACGCCGAGCUGUACCGGCCGCGGCGAGACGACUGGCCCGAUCGGAACCGGGGGGACGCGGAUCGCCCGAGGCUGAGGAGGACGUCGUCGGACGUGAACGCGAUCCCGGUGGACAAGUACGAGGUGCGCGCGCCGCCUCAGGACGAGAGGAGGCGGAGGCGCAGCGUCGAGAAGCCCCAGAAGAUGGCUAAGGUGGUGGAGGAGGAGAGGACAGUGGAGACUCUUGCGGCGAGGCCGGCGAGGAGCAGGACGUGGAGCCCGGAGGAGCUCAACGCUACGCUGUCGGAGGCGGACAAGUACGAGGUGCCCACGCCUCUGGGUGCCAGGAGGCCAAGGCGGAGCGCCGAGAAGCUGCCGAAGAUGCCUGCGGUGGUUGAGGACGAGCAUCCUUCGGCGGAGACUCUUGCGGCGAGGCCGUCGAGGAGCAGGACGUGGAGUCCGGAGGAGCUGAACGCUACGCUCUCGGAGCUUGCGUCCGCGGCACCGCCAGCGGUGACUCCGCGGCCUAGGCAUCGCCGGCACAGCGUGGAGAGCCUGCCGACGAUGGAGGAAGUGGAGAAGGAGAUUAUAGUGGAAGAGAUCAAUAACCCGCUCCCAUCGUCGACUGGGCUGUUUCCACCGGGGACGCCACCGCCACCACCACCUCCUCCGCCGCCACCGGCGACAAUGUCGAGGAGCAAGAAGAAGAGGAGCGGGAGCGUGGGCGGGGCCAAGGAACUGGCCUCCGCCAUUGCUCUGUUCUACCAGAAGAAGCGCAAGAGCAUUAUCAUGAAGAGGGAGAGGCACCACCACCACCACCAUCAUCUGUCCGACGACCACUACUCGUCGCCUUCGUCCGAAUCAUCGGCGAGCCCCGAAGCCACCACCCGCACCAAUCCACCGCCGCGGCCACCACCACCACCCCCUCCCCCUCCGCCGCCAUCAUCCAUCUUCUCCAACCUCUUCAAAAAAGGAGGCAACAAGAGCCGCCGCAUCCACUCCCUCGCGCCGCCGAGACCGCCUCCUCCGCCUCCACCAACGCACCGAUCCAGGAAACCACCACAGCCCCCGUCUCGCCUCGUUCCUACGCCGCCACCGCCAGCUCCGGUGAGGACACGGCCGCCGCGCGCGCACGCGCACGCGUAUGCGCACCCGCAACGGCCACCACACGCGCAGGGGUACCCGCAGCAGCCGCCACUGUACCACAUGCCUCGCGGUGUCGUCUACCACAGCUACCGGCUCCCGCCGCCAUCGCCCCCAAUGCCGCCACCACCCCCUCCACCGCCGAUGUCAGAGGGGGAGGAGGAGGUUCCGUCGGUCACGGCGUCGCCGGCGCCUUCGUACUGCGCGAGCCCCGACGUUAACACCAAGGCGGACAACUUCAUCGAACGCUUCCGCGCUGGGCUGAAGCUGGAGAAGAUCAAUUCGUACCGGGAGAAGUUGCAGAUCCAGGAAGGCGCGACCGUGACCAUGGCGGAGGAGGACGGGGAAUUCAUGGUGAUCGGCUCGCUCUUCGAAGAUGAUGGCGAUAUGUCGUUGCCGGGGACGCCGGCAACCGCCGCCGCGGCUGCUGUCGCCGUGGGCUACUAAUUUUACUCCUGACUUGAUAAGUGUUGCAUUGACGCUUGGAAAUAAAGGAGAGAAAAAAACUUAAAAAUUCAAAACAGUCAAAAAGCCAAAAAAAAAACUUUGUUUCUUGGAUUAUUUACCGUAUUUUCCAUGGGAUUUUUCUGGGUAUUAGGAGAAUUGACACGAGUGAGAUUGGGUAAUUGGUUGCUGAUGGAGAGGAUCAAUGCAGUGUAUUAUUAGUACUACAUGAGUGAGUAAGUGAGAUAUAUAUAUAGAGAGAGAGACAUUACUCUAAUUGUACAGAGUGAUAUAGAGCUUGAUGAGCAUGUUUUAAAAUGGCCAGAAAGCUCUACCAAGAUGUUGCAUUAGGUGAUGUGAUGUGAAUUCCAUGUGUGUCUAUAUACCAGAAAGUAAUAGAGCUUUACAUUUUUGUU